GAGGCGGCGAGGGAAAGAGACUGGCUGGCUGCUGCUUUGCGAGAGAAGCCUGCCGACUGGCGACUCCGCCUGCUUCUUUCCAGGCCAGGAGGCACGAAGAAGGAGGAGGGGGGUUCCUGCAGGAGGGGGUGGGGGCGGUCAAGCAGAGAGCCUCCCCCAUGCAAACUCCCCGGCAGGCAGGCAGGCUUCAGCCCCCGCUCCUGCUGCCAGUAGCUGCCUCCCCCGCUGUCAUGAGCAUCCAUAAAGGAGGAUCCCGCUUGCAGCGGCAGCAGCAGCCUGGCGAAUAGGGCGCGCGCGCGCAGGGCGCACGGAGUGGCAAAGGAGACGAGGCAGAGGCUGCGGGCUGGCGGAGGAACAGGAGAGAUUCAGAUUGCAAGCAAGCCGGGACGCUUCGUCGGCUUCGGGAAAGCCCUGCGGGGGCCGAGGGCACGCGCCUCGCUUUGCUGGGCGCAGAGGUGGAGAGGGAAGAAUCUCUCCCCCACCCCCGCUCCAAAGGGGAUUUACGCUCGCCACGUUUCUGGCGCAGCCGAAGAGAAGACUGAACUAGACGGCAAUCCACCUGUCUGCCUCUCACCGCCUACCACUUCAGGAGGGCGUCAGGACGCGAAGCCACCGGAGGCGCCUCUGGUCACUCCCCCUGCAGGGAGAGUCGAGCAGGACCCCGCGCACCCCGCCCCCUAAAGCCUUUCCAAUCUCGGUAAGGUUGGCCAGAGCAGCGCCCACGCUCCCCACCCCCCCAACGCCGGGCACGCUUCCCUUCUCCAAAGAGGCAGCUCCCUGCCACCUUCUUGGCCAGAUCUUCGCCCGCCUCCAACAUCUGGCAUAGCCAUGACUCUCUGAUCGCACGUCUCUCCACCCCGCCGCAGGCACGCAGAGUGCGCCGCCCCUGAUCCCCAAUUUUGGCCUAAGCUGAAAAGGGCACAUUGGAUCACCCCUCGUCCUGGGGCCCAGCUGAGCCCCUGGGUGCCCCCACUGCCGUCGGCGGGAUGAAGCCUUUGGAGAAAUUUCUGAAGAAGCAGGGGUCUCACUUGGCUGCCCGGGCUGGCCCCGGGGCUGGUGGGCAGCUGCCUCGCAGGCAAAGCGUCUCCAAGAUCCUGCUGCCCGGAUUCCUCAAGGAGCCCCCCGAGGAGCCCCCCGAAGGAGGCACGGACACUGCUGGCGAUGGGCGAUGGCUGGAGCUGCGGCCCCCCGAUUCCUCUCUGCGCUCCCCAACGUCCUUCUCCUCCGAGGAGCUGUCCCCAGGCGGUGGCGGAGGAGGCGAAACCCAGCUCAGCCCAGAGUCUGUACCCACCUGCUGCUGGGCGCCGCUGGCAGAACCGGAGAGCCCCGAUCGACUGCUGGGGAGGCUUCUGGAGAGGCUGGGAGGCGACCCGACAGCCCCCCAUGGGCAUGGCUGCGGUGCAGACCUGCUGCUAGACGACAUCGUCCUCACCCACUCGCUGUUCCUGCCCACAGAGCAGUUCCUGCACCAGCUGCACCAGCACUUCAUGACAGCGUCGACAAUCCCAUCACCGCCAUGUUGGAAGGAAGGCGAAGCCAUGCACCGAAAGCGAGCGGUUUUGGUUAUUUUGCUUCACUUCCUCGAGACGUACAAGGGGAUCUUGCAGGAGGAGGAGAAAGCAGGCAAAGUUAUCAAGGACCUGUAUCUGCUCAUUAUGAAGGACUCCUCCCUCUAUCACCAACUGGAAGAUGAAAUUUUGAAGCUUCAUCAGCUUGUGGAGACAGUUGAACUCAAGGUGACUGAAGAAAGCCAUCCCCCCAGCAAGCAAGUCAAACCCCUUUUCAGGCAUUUCCGGCGCAUAGAUUCCUGCCUCCAGACACGGGUGGCUUUCCGUGGCUCAGAUGAAAUCUUCUGCCGUGUUUACAUGCCAGACCACUCAUAUGUCACCAUCCGCAGCCGCCUCUCGGCCUCCGUGCAGGACAUCCUCGCCUCGGUGACUGAGAAGCUCCAGUACUCGGAUGAGCAGCCCACCCGGGAGGAGGCUCUCAUCCUGGUGGCAGUAGCGUCCUCAGGAGAGAAAUCUGUGCUACAGCCCAAUGAAGAGUGUGUUUUCACUACCCUGGGGAUAAACAGCCAUCUCUUUGCCUGCACUAAGGAGAGUUUCCCAUCGCUGGUCCCUCUCCCUGAGGAAAUCCAGGUGUCGCCAGGUGACACGGAGAUCCACCGGGUUGAAGCUGAGGAUGUGGCGAAUCACCUCACAGCCUUCCACUGGGAAUUGUUCCGUUGUGUCCAUGAGCUGGAAUUCGUGGACUACGUGUUCCAUGGGGAACGUGGUCGGCGAGAGACAGCCAACCUAGAGCUGCUGCUGCAGCGCUGCAGUGAAGUUCAGCACUGGGUGGCCACGGAGGUGCUCCUGUGCGAGUCGCUGGGGAAGCGGGCCCACCUGCUCAAGAAGUUCAUCAAGGUGGCAGCCGUAUGUAAACAGAACCAGGACAUGUUGACGUUCUAUGCCGUGGUUAUAGGGCUCAACAACGCACCUGUCAGCCGUUUGCGUCUCACCUGGGAGAAGCUUCCAGGGAAAUUUAAAAACCUGUUCCGGAAAUUUGAGAACCUAACGGACCCCUGCAGGAAUCAUAAAAGCUACAGAGAAGUCCUCUCGAGAAUGAAGCCCCCCAUUAUCCCCUUCGUGCCCCUCAUCCUAAAAGAUCUGACAUUUUUGCAUGAGGCUAGCAAAACCUUGGUGGACGGACUAGUCAAUGUAGAGAAGCUGCACUCAGUAGCAGAGAAAGUUCGGACAAUCAGGAAGUGCCGGAGCCGGCCCCUCUGCCUGGAAAUGGAGUCAUCUCCCCAACAGCUGCAGACAAAAGCUUACGUCCGGCAGUUCCAAGUUAUUGACAAUCAGAACCUGCUCUUUGAGCUCUCUCACAAGCUGGAGUCCAACAGCCAAUGAGGCAGCUGCCCACAGGGCAGGCGUCACUAGCAAAUAAUGUUUACUCUGCGCAAUACUCGAGCACUUUUUGGAUGUACAGGGGUUCCUCCUUAGGGUCUGACCCUGUUGGGAGAGGAGAGCACCGAGUCGCCAAAUGGCAGGGAUGGCCAAGCUUGGUCGGGGUGUCCCGUCCAAGAAAUCCUGGUGACUGAGGUGCAAAAUCAAAACGGCACCUCGCCUUCCUACGGUUUGAGCUUGGGACACAAUUGGCCACAGAGUUCUCCUGCCAGGGCUGGCCCCGAGAUAAUUUUGAUGCCAGAGAUUGAAAAUCUAACUAGCACCUUCCUGUCCCCUCGUCCCUCCCCCAGCAGUAAAAAAGCAAACAACUAUUUAAGUAACCGAAAAAUGUGCUGCUCUUUUAACCGUGCCCCCCAAAUCUACUGCCUUUGCCCAUUGGCAGAGCUCUCUUGGUCUCCUGUGCGAGCUUCAUUUAAGGGAAGGGAGACUCCGCCAGAGCAUCCCGUGAGUGGGACUUGCGCAGAAGAAUCUCCCAGGGAGUAUUGGGGCCCCUUAUCCUCCAUCUGUCGGUUUCCCUCUCCGCCACCUGGAACGGCGCUCCAAAUCGGCUGCCUGAGGUGACUAUCUCACUUUGCUUCACGGCAGAGUGUAGAGAAGUUUGGAGGACUGAACCCAAAAUGGCCCGAGCAGCUGGAACAGUGUUUUGUGGAGGAGGUCAAGACAAAGCAGGACAUCUUGACUUGCUUGUGGGACAACUCACACUAGCGGCCAAUGCCCUUUCUGGCAGUUUCCCUCCCCACUAUAACCGUAAUCGAACAAGUCCUUGAAAACGAACAGUUUGUGAAUCAGAAAAAUAAGCUUCCGGUCUCAUGAGUCGGACAUAGUACAGUUGCCAGAGGCAGUGUGUGCAGAAACGUCAAGAAAUGUCAGUUUGCUACCUUUCAUUUCUCCUAUUACACUACUCUUUAUCAGUGGGCAUUUUUAUUUCUGUAUUAGAAAGGUUUGAUGUGGAAACAUUAUUAUUAUUAUUAAGAAUAAUUCACAGGAGACUCUCAAAAGUAUUUUUUUGGUUCUGUUCUCACAGAACGUUGCUUUGUUUUUAAAAAGCUGGUCCAGGUAAACUGAAGUGGGAAAAUGUUUUCCCCUGGUGUUCUUAAAAUUCAGUUUUGAUUGGCUGUGAUGGAUAAGACAGUAUUCAACGAUUUCCAUUCUUUGGGAUCUAAGCUACAGGGACUUAAAACACCAAAAUUAUAAGGCUGUCGUAGUUCCUUAUUGGAGCCAGUGCGGUACAGUGUUUAGAGUGUGGGAGGCCAGGGUUCGAAUUUCCACUCAGGCUCACUCAGUGACUUUGGGUCAGUUACUGUCUCUCAGCCUAACCUACCUCACAGGGCUGUUUGUUGUGAGGAUAAAAUGGGGAGGGGAGAACCACCGCCUUGAGCUCGCUACAAACUUAACUGGCCUAAAAGUCAUUUCAGGCCCCCACAGUACUGCAGUUCUCUGACGGGGACUUAGGGCUAAAGAUUUGCCUUAACAAAGAAUCCUCGUCACUUUCACCAAACUACAAUUCCCAGGAUUCUUUGUGGGAAGCCAUGACAGUUUUAAUCGUAGUCUAGAUAUACACAGUUUCUGGUUUUGGCUGCUGUCCAAAUGUUUUUUACAUCUCUUUGUAUUGAAUAAAUUUAUUUUUAGGUAGGUUAUUUUUGGGGAGGGGUGUUGGCAAGAAACCAAUUGUCUCUUCCUCUUGAACUGGGCUCUAGAUAUAGGUCACUCUUGAGUCCUGGGAUGUGUCCUUCAGCAACUUCGAAGAGCCUCGGAGGGGCAGGGAGAUUUCCAUCUCAGGAUAGGAUAGUGGGGUUUCCCCUCUCUAUAUUAUCACAGGGACAUUGGACAUUCACAACAACAACAACAAUAUUGUCCCUUGUUAUUCACACAGUUUUGAUGGUUACACAGUAACCAUCAAAUAAAACAAUUUUUGUUCUCACUUCUCCAAAGUGCCUUUAAAGGAUGCAAUGUGUUGAUUUCAAUCUAUCUUCACGUUAAUCUGGAAUAAACUAUUGAGAUUGAUACAAGACUGGGGAAGAUUUCCAUAAACUUUUAUGGAAACAGCAUGUUGGAAGAGGGAUGAUCUUUUUCUGUACUUCCCCUCCAAUUGUGUGAACAAAAAGUUGAUUUGAAGUGUACUGUACGAAUAAGGUCAAGUGACCUCAAAGAAAGACUUCAGUUCUCAAAAGUGUUGAAUUUAAUCCAUGCUGGUAAUUGUGAGAUCAGAACCAGAGAUACUAUUUAUUUUGGAUUAUUUAAUCUGGGACAACUGGAUAGAAUUUAGUGGACCCUCCCAAUAGGUUUUAACCAACUUUCUGUGACACAGAUUGCCAAACACACAUAUAGCCCAGCCCUUCCCCCACAGAGAAUUUGUAAUCCACCCUACAGUUGAUUAUGAGGGUCAGCAGUGGGUUGCAGUGGGAUAGUCCUGCUAUCUUGCAAAAGUACUGAACCUCCUAGCAUCUUUCAAGAAACACAGGUGAAUUAUUUAUCUUCGUUAUACUUGGAGCAACUACUUGGAGCAAAGCAACUAAAAAGUUGCUUUGAGUUUAGGGAACCCCUGUGAUACCAAGUAAAAACUCUGGGUCUUGCCCUAUAACUUCUGCAUGGAAGAAUCAUAUCUCAGGGCUACGUCCCAAAAGCUGUGUGUUCCCCCUGGAAUUUGUUUCCAGUGCCAUGAUCUAAUCCUGGAAAUGUGAAGUAAUAAUAAGAAUGCCUCUGAGCCAGUCCAGAGUGCAUUGUUCACACUACUGAAUAACCACAGCCCAUUCCCACACAUUUCUUGAUUAGGGGGCAGGGAUUUCAGGUCAAGAGAGAAAGGUGCCUGCUUCUCUUUUUAGAAAUGAACUGCUUUCCCUACCAUGUUUCUAACAGCUUUAAUAUUAGGUCAAAAAUUGAUAU